AUGAAGAACGUACAGGUCCAAGCCCUACAAGAAAAAAUUGGGCUAGGGAUCGCUGCUAUCGAAACAACAAUAACUAGAUACCUAGAAAAUCUUAAAAAUCCAUCAGAAAACUAUAUAGGAGCCCUGGUGGAUGCUGCAAAAAUAUUUUGCGAUGUGCAUCAUUUAAUAUCCAUGCAUAGGCGCUACAACAUUACACCUAUACUCAAACAUGAGGUCAAGAAAAUGGCGCAAUCCACUGAAAUCGGAGAAUAUUUAUUUGGGCCGAAUAUGCAGGAAAAAAUAAAAGCAGCAGAAGCUUUGCAGCAAGUUGGAAGGAAAAUAAAAGUUUCAACCUACAAACCCAAAACAAAAAUAACGAAAAGAAAAACACAGCCACAAGAACAACCGUCGACUUCAAAAAACUUCCAGCGUUUUCUAUCUACCAAAUCCUCCGAACCGAUACAAGGUGAAAGAAAGCGCAGCAAGGAAAGACGGAAGGCGAAAGAAAUCGAAGUAUCCACACAGACAACAGAGGAAGUAACCGUAAGAACUCAAGCUGGGAAACUGGCUCUUUUUCAUAAAAAUUGA